AUGAAGACCACGCCACCCACAACUACGGUUAUGUCGACAUCUGUAGGAAGCUCAGACUGGAAGGCUUGCAUGUCGAAAUCAGCCCAAUCUUCAUGUAUAAUAAGCAUUGACUAGAUAUGGACUUUGUCACUUUCCGUUCUGCUGCCACUGCUACACUGCAAGCACACGAUUCUGUGCGCGCGAGACCCAUGCCUGCGGCGGGCCGCGCCUUUGCCAUCAGUCCUUCAGCGGAUAAUGCUCGUGCGAGUUUCCCUCCCUGUAAAUCCUCCAUUGUGUAG